GUUCUCAGCAAAUACAGAGAGAGCAGGAGAGGACCAGAGAACAGAGAGAAGGGGAGAGAUAUGAAGAGAGUGAGGGAGAGGGAAAACAGGCGUUUCCUCCUUAUACUGUGCAACGUUAGUAUCAGAAUUCAGUACAUACAUGUACACAAAGCUAGUGGUCUAUAUGUAUCUGUUUCUCAUUUCUCUCUGGGUUCAAUUUUCAUUGGUGGAGGUGGUACUUGGACUCUUUUGCCCUACUCAGGUGGCUCUUCUGAGAAGACAUGGUGAGCAGUGAGGGACGAUAGAGUACUGUGCAGCGGUGGGAAUCCUCACAGGCCAGAGGGAAGCCACAGGGCGAGGAAGGACUCCUCACUGGGCAGAAGGAAGCCACAGGGAGAGGAAGGACUCCUCACUGGCCAGAGAGAAGCCACAGGGUGAGGAAGGACUCCUCACUGGGCAGAAGGAAGCCACAGGGAGAGGAAGGACUCCUCACUGGCCAGAGGGAAGCCACAGGGCGAGGAAGGACUCCUCACUGGCCAGAGGGAAGCCACAGGGUGAGGAAGGACUCCUCACUGACCAGAGGGAAGCCACAGGGCCAGGAAGGACUCAUUACUGACCAGAGGGAAGCCACAGGGUAAGGAAGGACUCCUCACUGGCCAGAGGGAAGCCACAGGGCCAGGAAGGACUCAUUACUGACCAGAGGGAAGCCACAGGGUGAGGAAGGACUCCUCACUGGCCAGAGGGAAGCCACAGGGCCAGGAAGGACUCAUUACUGACCAGAGGGAAGCCACAGGGUGAGGAAGGACUCCUCACUGGCCAGAGGGAAGCCACAGGGUGAGGAAGGACUCCUCACUGGCCAGAGAGAAGCCACAGGGGAAAGAAGGACUCCUCACUGGCCAGAGGGAAGCCACAGGGCGAGGAAGGACUCCUCACUGGGCAGAAGGAAGCCACAGGGAGAGGAAGGACUCCUCACUGACCAGAGGGAAGCCACAGGGGAAAGAAGGACUCCUCACUGACCAGAGGGAAGCCACAGGGGAAAGAAGGACUCCUCACUGGGCAGAAGGAAGCCACAGGGUGAGGAAGGACUAUUCACAGGUCAAAGGGACUCCAUAAGGGUUAUGGGCAGUCCACAUGGUCCAGAUGGAGUUUUCAGGCAUGGAGGAGACCUAGAAACCGGUAAUGACAGAAUACAUGGUGAUAAAUCAUUGGUGAUAUUGCAUUGGUGAUGCAUCGAGAAGAUCAGCAUAACAUGUGGAUUUGGCCUCUUCUUCUCAGGACCACUUAUGUCACAGAAGGAACCUGCCCCACGUUGGAGGAGGAGCAGAAACAGCUGAGCCCCCACCCUCUAGAAUCUCACUCCACCACACCUGCCCCCAGGAUCUGACUCCACCCUGCACCCCCAAGACUCUGCCUUCAGCCCACACCCCCAGCAGAAGUCAGCAUCACUGCAUUAAUUAGAUGACAUCGGCUCAGCUAGACACAAGGCCGGGAGGCGCUGACGUGACCCCGAUGGAGGCUGGCAGCCCGAGCCCCUGCCUGGGCCGGCUCACCCUAAAGGAGGUGAUGGGAGGUCAGAGGUCACGGGAUGUGGAGGAGCUCCUGAGGAGAUCCCGGGCGGAGCUGCUGUGGGUCCAGAGACAGCUGUCACUCAUCUCUAGGAGGAGCGCAAGUCACCCACGCGUCAGGGACAAGCUACGGAGUGACCUCCCAACCCAGCAACUCAGGGUGCUGCCACCCCAGAGCAUGGAGCGCUGGCGCCUCCUAGAGGAAAAGAACAGGUGCCUCAGGCUGGAGGUGGCAACCCUCAGACAUGAAAGGCAGCAGUGCCGCUCACUGAAGAAUGAGCUUCACCAAGCCCUGCAGGAGAAGAGUCGUCUGAACCAAGAGCUUUCCAGCCAGAUCCAGAGGGCUGCGCAGUAUGAGCGGGUGAAGUCGGACUACGAUCAGCUGAAGGAGACCUGCACCUCUGUGAUUCAGGAGAGAGAUUCCGCCCUGAGGGAGAGGAGCCAGCUGCAGGGCAGGCUAGAGCAGCUGGAGCAGGUGUUGCAGCACAUGCACGAGGCUGCAGAGAGGCAGCAGCAGCUGGAGAGAGACCACGAGUUGGCGCUGGAGGUUCUUCAUGCCAGACAGCAGGAGAUCAGACAUCUGCAGAAGGUUCAGGUAGAGGCUGAGAAGGAGCAUGAGGGCACAGUGCACCAGCUAGAGAAGCACGUGACACUUCACGUGGGAAAAUUCACAACGGGCUUGUUAGCAGAUGUCAGGCCGAUGAUGUCAUGUCAUACUGGCUACCUGCUGCAUCCUCAGACAGUCACUGCCAGGCAGCACUGCACUGUGACAGCCAGGGUUAAGGAGCUGGAGCAGAGGUGUAAGACUCAAGCUCAGCAAUUCAGCCUCCUAUACCAGCAGCUGGAAACGUUCUGCUUGCAGUCCGGAACGGCGGACACUGCUGGUCCCGUGGAUAAGAGUCUGAUUCAAAUUCUCAGUGGACUGGCCUCCGGGGAUGAGGAAGGCCACACAAAUUCUGGUGACCGGUGGCUGAAGCCCAAGCUCCUCCCAGUGACCCCAACCAGUGAAGAAAGGACUCAGGCAGCCCCCCCAGCCCCGGGUGGGUCUUCCAGCCCCCAGCGGGAUUCCCAGCCAGAAAUGGACAGUGACCUGAGUAGAACGACAAGGUCUGAGACCCGAUUCGCGGGCACAGUCCGCCUCUGCAGCGCCCGCUACAGUUAUAACCCUUAUGAUGGCCCCAAUGACCACCCGGAGGCAGAGCUGCCCCUUGUGGCUGGGAAGUACCUCUACAUCUAUGGCACGAUGGAUGAUGAUGGCUUCUACCGAGGGGAGCUGCCUGAUGGUCAGCGGGGCCUGGUACCCUCCAAUUAUGUGGACUUUGUCCAGGAAAAGGAUGUGGCCCUCACCCCAGGCUCUGAUGACAGCCAGGAGGCGGAGCUUGACAGGGAGGAGGGGAGGUGCAGCCUCCAGGCUGGGAAGGGCAGCCUCAAUGCAGAUGAGUUGGAGGAGGAACUUGUACCAUACCCUCGCAGAAUCACCCUGAUCAAGCAGCUGGCGAGGAGUGUGAUUGUGAGCUGGGAGCCUCCGGCAGGCCAGGGGGGCGGCAUCGACAAGACGGGUAUCAGCGCCUAUGAUGUCCUUGUGGACCAGGAGGUGCGUUUCCGCAUGCCCCCCACUGGCCGCCGCAAGCUGCUGAUUGAGAAGCUGGAGCUGUCAGCGCAGGCCUAUCGGAUCUCAAUCCGCUGUGUGACGCAACACGGCGUCUCCGAUGAGCUCUGUUGCAGCCUGCUGGUGGGCCGCGGCAUGGUGCUGGCUCCGGCACAUCUGCAGCUCCAUAAUGUCACUCAGCACUCCGCCGAUCUGUCCUGGUGGCCCUGCGACAGCAACUACAAGCACGCAGUGCUGCUGGAUGGGGUGGAGCGUGUGCUGGUUGGACCGGGUCGAUACCGCUGUCGGCUGCGUGGACUCAGCCCCAUGACAGCAUACCGGGUCACUGUGGUGGCCCAUCCGCACCGUGUUCCCUGGCGGCUGCCGCUGGAGCAGCGUGAGCAGCGAGCGACGUCCUUGGACUUCUGCACACUGCCUGCAGGUCCCCCCCUGCCCCCCCAGGAGGUGCGGGUGCUGUGCGGGCAGACGCCAGGUGUGCUCCAUGUCAGCUGGAAGCCACCCAUUCUUACAUCCUCGGGGAUGUCCAAUGGAGCCUGUGUGACCGGCUAUGCUGUGUGCACCAGAGGACAGAGGAUUGCAGAAGUGAUGUACCCUGCAGCAGAACAUGCAACUGUGGAACUGAACCGGAUUGGGCACCUGGAGGUCCGAGAGCUUGUGGUCCGGACCCUAUCAGCACAGGGCGAGUCCCAGGAUUCAGAGGUCGCCACCAUCCCCCAGGGGCUCCUAGUGCCUCCUGCUCCGCCCCCACUUCCACACAUCCUACUUCCAGUCUGCCCCCGCCUUGUUGAUUUGCCACUCCCCAGUAUCUCUACAGACCCCCACAUCCCCAACCCCAUCCCGCAGAAUGAGCCCAUCUUCCAGCCACACCAGCCCAUUCUACAACCACCCCCACUGCACAGUACUCUCCAGGCUCCAUCAGGUGAUAGCUGGGACAGGGCGAUAGAUCAACCCAAUCAAUGCACAGAACCCGGCCAGUCCUGGGCUUCGGGCUGUCACCCACCAUCGACCCUAGUGCCUCCAACCCUGGAGGCUCCAUCCUUCCAAGCUCGUCGCUCACCUUCCCCCCAGAGGAUCCUGCCGCAGCCUCAAGGUGCCCCCAUCCCCAACAUGGCCAUCAAGGCCAUGGCGAGAGAGGCGACACAGAGGGCAGCCUCCAGCGUAAGCCAGAUGAUUUAUGGCACUCAGAGCUCAGAUGAAGAAGAGGAUAACUAUGAGCAUAAGAACUUAAGACAGAAAGGAAUUUCUGUGCAUGACUUCCUUACAGACUCCGAGCUUGGAAGACAGCGAGGGCACAGUGCGGACUACCCCAGUGAGAGCAGCCGGGGCUCAGACCUGUCCGCCAUCACGGAGGAGGAUGAGGAAGAGCUGCACUCGGUGAUGGACAAGGGGGGUGUCCGCCCCCACAAAGGCUCACCCCGCAGUGUGCUUAAGAUUUUAGGGAGCUGUCGCCAUGUGGGCCGGUCUACCCCAGUGAAUUCAUGCUCAAAUCGAAUGUCCGCCAGUAGCGGUGGAUCCUACCAGAGAAGAGCCAUCACGGUCCCAUCCAUUGAGAUCACUCCUGAGAGUAACAGUGAGGAGAGCCUAUCACUUGCCAAAGAACAGAUCCGUUCCGAUGCCAGCCUGACACAAAGAAAGUUAUGGCCUCCAUUUUACAAUGGAUCUUCAGAGCACAUAAAUGAUGGUGCCCUUGGUCAACAGCAUGAUGGAGUAGCAAGGCCCAAGGAGUUGUCUCGGAUAUUCGUCGCCCUGUUUGAUUACGAUCCCCUCUCGAUGUCCCCUAACCAUGACAGGGCCGUUGAGGAGCUCUCCUUCCAAGAGGGUCAGAUCCUGAAUGUGUUUGGUGAUAAGGACAGAGAUGGGUUCUACUGCGGAGAGAUUAAUGGUAGAACGGGCCUCGUCCCCUGCAACAUGGUGGCGGAGAUUGAAGCCGGGGACCAGAAUACGACAGACCAGCUAGUUCGUCAGGGCUUCCUUCCCCUCAGCACCCCAGUAGCUAAAAUCGAUAGGAAGAGGCAAGGUGGUCGACAUCUCCCCACACCCAAGAGGAAGGUGGUGGCACUCUACGAUUAUGACCCCAGGGAGAACUCGCCCAAUACUGACAUGGAGGCCGAGCUGACUUUCUCUACAGGCGACAUCAUAACCAUCUUGGGGGAAAUCGAUGAAGAUGGCUUUUACUACGGUGAAAUGAAUGGACAAAGAGGCCUAGUUCCCUCCAACUUUCUUGAAGAAGUGCCUGACAAUGUUGAGAUACAUCUGACGGGCACCCAAACCGUGCUCCAGGAAAGCAAAGAGCCUCCCCAGACCACAGCCUCCCCCAGUCCUGGCCCUUACCUACCUGCCAUCGGGGCCAAUGUGGCCCCCCAAAACCCGACCUCCAAGAGGAAAAAGGGAUUGCUCUCCAAGGGGAAGAGGCUGUGGAAGAGGCUAGCGACGGCCAGACGGGCCACCUGACCAUGGCAUGACAUCACCCAGGAUCCUAUCACCUUAAGGUCAACAAGCAGGCGUCUUUCACAGAUGCGGUCCGGUAAAUACAUUGGGACAGGUGCCAUGUGAACUGCCAUGCAAGGACCUUCUGAAGACUUACAAGGUGGUGAGACUCUCCCCCGUUUAGGAGCCCCAUUGACAGAUCAGUGUAGCAUGUACAGCCCCAUGGGCGAGUGAUAUCUGGAAUGAACAGCAGACUCCCCUCCAAAUUUCUUGCCUACAGGUCUGAGCCACUGAACAUACCACCAGAUGUUCAGCUGGAGCUUAAAUAAGAACCUACUUAAAUAAGACACCGUGGAAUCAUAACAGAAAGCUAUCUAAUCUACAGAUUCCACCCCACCACAUGAGAAUAAUUAAGCAUCUUUCAAAGCUCCCAAUGUGCAGAAUAAAAUGUGUGUGCUGCAA